GCGUUUGGUACUGUUGUGUGGCCUUGGAAAUUCGCAGUCGUCGUCGGGUCGUCGUGGUGGUUGAGUGUGUAUGGUGUUGUGUGUGUGUGUUUGCGCUCAGGCCGCACUGGCGUUUCCUUUCCAAGCUUACCAUUUGCCAUAAGAGUGUUUUACUUCGCUGGGACCGUUUUCUGCGUUACUCUUUUGAUUUGCAAUCACACAUCUCAUCCCUCUGAAGAUGGAUCCAGAGGCGUUCCUAGAUCUUGCGAAUCAAGUUACCAAGCUUAACCCGUUCCCGUAUUUCGACAUUGCACACUGUGCAAUCACCUGCUUCUAUGUCAGGGAAGACAUUGGAUCAGGGGCGCUGGCGUUCUCGCGGAAACACCCGCUGGCCACCUGGUUCUCCUCCAUGUUCUCCAUAUUCGCCGGCGGUCUGCUGGCCAACUUCCUGCUGGGCGAGCCGGUGCUGGGCGCCGUGAAGAACAACAACCAGCUGCUGCUAGCCACGGCCGUCUGGUACGUGAUAUUUUAUUCUCCGUUUGACAUCGGUUACAAGGUCGUCAAGUUUCUGCCUUUCAAGGUCGUUCUCUCCGCUAUGAAAGAGGUGUACCGGUGUAAGAAGGUGCACGACGGCGUCACCCACGCGGCCAAGCUGUUCCCCACGGGCUACCUCAUUAUGGUGCUGGUCGGCACCGUCAAGGGCAACGGCAGCGGCUUCGUCAAGAUCAUGGAGCGCCUGUUCCGCGGCGUUUGGACCCCCACUGCCAUCGACAUCAUGGGACCCAGCUUCCCGACCAAAGCCUCGAUUGCGGCGGCCAUUAUCUUCGUGCUUGAUAAGAAGACGGACAUCAUCUCUGCCCCGCAUGCGCUGGUCUACUUCGGAAUCACCAUCUUCUUCGUCUACUUCAAGCUGUCCUCGAUGCUGCUGGGCAUCCACGAUCCGUUCGUGCCGUUCGAGAACCUCUUCUGCGCCGUGUUCCUGGGCGGCGUCUGGGACUCCCUGCAGCGCGCCGUCUCCGGAGGAAAGGCACCCGCCGGCGACCAGGCGCGAGCCGACGCCAAGCCGGAGGCCGCCAAAAAGAAGGACUGAGCCGGCUGAGAGCCGCCGGCCGCACUCGACAGCGGUGUUCUGUUGGUUUCAGCUUCUAGUUACAAUCUCUGUCGCUCUGAGAACGAUCAGAACACGUACGGCGGAAUCCACCCGGACUCCCGGCUCGCUGGCUGGACUCCGACCGGUGUGUGUGCUGGUGGCUGGCGGUAACUCGGCCGGUCGGAUGGCUGGACUCCGACCGGUGUGUGUGCUGGUGGCUGGCGGUAACUCGGCCGGUCGGAUGGCUGGACUCCGACCGGUGUGUGUGCUGGUGGCUGGCGGUAACUCGGCCGGUCGGAUGGGUGGACUUCGACCGGUGUGUGUGCUGGUGGCUGGCGGUAACUCGGCCGGUCGGAUGGGUGGACUCCGACCGGUGUGUGUGCUGGUGGCUGGCGGUAACUCGGCCGGUCGGAUGGCUGGACUCCGACCGGUGUGUGUGCUGGUGGCUGGCGGUAACUCGGCCGGUCGGAUGGGUGGACUCGUGGCCGACGGUGUCGACGCUCGGCCGGCCGCUGGCUCGAGUCUCAGCUGAUUGUCCGAACCAUCGACUGGCAGCUGUCCUGACACCGCGCCCCGUCCGACCGGUUCCCAUCCUUCUCUCUCCCUCCGGCUGUUUUUCUCAGUAAUACUGCAGAACAGCAGCCAUUGGUGUGGGAACCCAAAUCGCAAGCAGUCAACGAAGACACUUUACGCAAUGACGAAAACAUUCAUAUGUCGCAAAUGCAACUGCAUGGGCUUUUACCAGUCGACAAGUCUGGCAUAAGAAUGCCAGGUAAAUGCGUUUUUAACAAUGCCCUGUUUCGAUGUAUGACAUGUUUUCGUUGUUGCGUAAUUUGCUUUUGGUCUUUUUACACCAGCCCCUUCUCCAUGCGUCCUAGCCGCCGCCCUUGCCAUCCCUCGCGCUUAGUCCCUCCCGCUCCCCCACGCCGACUUUGGUGAUCAUUUUUAGACUGAUAAUCUGUCCCACCCCUCCGCAUUGUUAAGUUUUAUGGCAUGAAGGUGUGAUUUUACGGCUCCUGUGAUUUGUGGUGUUUUAUGAACAUUGGGUGAUCCAAUUUGACGUGACGAUGUAACGAUCAAGAGCUUCGAACGAGCUUGGCCGUCGCCUUGCCAUCCUCGCGUGUUUGAUUCUGGCUGACUCGGUCCGAGAUUAUCUGUGUGGUGUUCAGGCUCCCCGUGUGUUUUGUCUGCUUCGUGUAUGCAACCCGAUCGUUUGUACUGAAAGACAAGAGGAGCACGGCCCCGUCCCGUCGCUCUGACUCAGCCUUGUGGCGUCCUCUGUUUCGUCCCGCCCCGCUCAGGAACGGUGUAGAUGUCGCCAUCGUUCUGUGCGCCUGAGUGCAAUAGAUGCUCUGACGGGUCA